AUGUCUCAUGAUCAUCUUGAACCGAUGGCCACCUGCUCGGAUAGUGACGAUACGUUCAACCAGAAGCGCAAACGAUGGGAACGCGACCAGAAAGUUCCUCGUACUGGUGAAUCCAGCAGCGAUCCAGACGAUUCUCCUCACUCUGAGUUGUUCCAAGACGGAAAGCCGAUGAAGGCCCUGGAGCAACCGAAUGCGCUAAAAUACUCCGCGCGACCCGAUACGAAAGUGCUGAAAACGACCGUAAUUCCUGAUAAAAUUAUUGUUCGCCAAACGGAACUGGCCAAUCAUGUGCUUGUUAUGGGAACAGUAUCGUAUGGAGACAAUCCUAUCAAGUGCCCGUACGGAACCGAAACCAACGCUUGUAACACAGUGGAAUUCACGUCGACGGAUAGUCUGAAGGCUCAUCUGGAAGCUGCGCACGAACUAACUAAUGUUCAGGUUAAUCUACUGUGUCCCUGUCCCGCGGAAUGCAACGGAAAUGAGGAAUGCCUGGUUGUGGUGUACGAUCAGUACUCCGGGGUGUUUCUGGAUGACCACAUGACGCUUGCUCACAAGGAGUUCUAUGAAAAACUGCAAACAUUAACAUGCUGCGAUAAGCGAUGA